AUGCUUCAUUCUGACCAUGCAUGCCGAAAUAUCAUUAUGCUUGUAGGAGAAGAAAUGAAAAAGAAUCUUGCUCACUUCCUUGUAGAAUCAGGUACAAACUGUAGUAUCAUGAUCAACAAAAGUACAACGGUUUCCAAUAAAACUUGUUUAAUAAUAUAUUUACAUUUGUCCUUUGAGGGAGUUGCUUGCAAUUAUUUUUUUGACAUUGUUGAACUAGAAAGUGGGACAGGAGAAUGCAUUUUCAGCACACUGUUAGCAGCUCUUGAAAAGUAUGGCAUUACAAAUGAUGUACUAAAAAAUGACCUUGUAGGUAUUGCAACAGAUGGUACGUUAACAAUGCUUGCACCUUACAAAGGUGUAGCCGCUCUACUGCGUAGUCAUUUACAUAAGGAUUUAACUGUCGUUCAUUGUAUGAACCACAAAGUGGAAUUAGCUGUCCACGAUGUUAUGAAUGAUGUAGCAGAUGUAUACUACAUACAGGUUUUUUUAGAUUCCUUAUAUUCUGUGUUUUCUCGAAGUCCCAAAAAUCAGAGACUACUACAAAGUGUUUCACAAGAAUUAUCCUCGCAGCUAUUAAAACUAGGCCGUAUUUUUCGUGUAGAUUUGGUUGCUUCCUCAUUUAAUGCUGUUCGAACUCUUCUUGAAAGUCAUAGUUCUCUUGUCCAUCUUUUUGAAAAACUGAUAAAUGAUGGUUUCAGAUCAACUCAGGAGAGAUCUAAAUUUGAAGGUUUACUGAAACAUCUCACAAAGUUGUUGCUUGUAAUGGUAUUAGUUAUGCUUUAUGAGGCACUAGACAUUCUGCAAGUAUUACCAUUCUUUAUGCAGAACAGAAAUUCUUCAGUCCUUAAAGCAAAACAGGAAAUUGACAUGGCUAUAAGAACUCUUGAAACACUGAAAACAAAUGACUCGCCACGCUUUAGGAUGAUAGUACAAGAGUUGGAGGAAAAGCGCACAUUCAAAGGGGUAUUAAUUAAAGAACCAUCUUGUGCUGAAUAUAACAGAUUUCAGACAUUUCAGAAGAAACUUUUUCAGUCUUUGGAUGUAGCCCUAUUAAUUUCAGAUACAUGGCCUUCAGAUGAUUAUGAACAUGUGUUUUAUGGUGACAUGUCAAUUUCUCGCUUGUGUAACGAGGUGAAUUUUAAAUUACGUAAAAGCACACGUGCGUCACUAGUUAAAGAUUUUCGAAUCUAUAAAGAAAAUCCUCAACACAUGCCAAAUUCUGUGAAGGAACUUGUGAAAACAGUCAAAGUUAUACCUAUAUCUAUGGCUAAAAUGUGA